AAAUUCAAGAGGGCCCUCUGCUUUGCUCAAGACCGAACGACCCCAUUAACGGAAAAACCGUCUGUGAGAAACUGAGACAUGAUGGAAAGUACCCAACUGGCGCUACCUGUCGGUACUUUUGUAACCCUGGAUAUGAAUUAUCGGGGUCAGUAUCAAAUACACCCGUUAUGGUGUGUCGAGGGCCCGAGUGGAAAGUGUACAAAGGUGUCAGUUGUGCUUCAAACCAUUGCUCUGAACCCACGAUCCCCAACAAUGGCCACCUGGAAUGUCCAACAUAUUCGACGGGCUCUCCUCAAAGUGGCAUUUCUGCUAACAAUAAGUUAACGUAUGCCAGAGGGAUUAUAUGUCACUAUCGCUGCUAUCGUGGGUAUACCAUUCCUUCAAUCCAGAGAAAUAAAACAGUUAUCCAAUGUAUAGGGCCUUACUGGAACAGCACUGUUUAUCCUCAAUGUAAAGCUACUCCCAAACCUAUAAAUUGUACUGACCAAGCCCUAGUGGCAGAAGGUGGAGUUACUGAAGUGAAAACACCCAGGUUUGUUGCUGGAGAUGGGACAGAUUUAGAUGUGGAGUGUGUGAUCCAGGGGGAGUUGGAGCCUGGGGAGUACAACAACACAUGUAAAGCUACUGAUCCUGACUUGGGAACUACUGUAGAAUGUACAUACAAGAUAAGAGUGAAAGGGAUGGCCUGCACAUCUCCACCACAGAUAGAUCAUGGAUCAUUUAACUGUAUUCCUGGAAAGUUUGGAGAACUAACACCUGGAAGUAUUUGUAACUAUCACUGUGAUGAAGGAUAUGUUACUCCUCUCAGCCAAUCUGAGUUAAUCACAUGGAUAUGCCUCUCUAAUGUACAGUGGAACAUAACAGAUAAACCCACCUGUUUAAGAAUUGUUCCACCAAAGCCAGUAAAUUGUACUGAUCAAAUCCUGGUGGCAGAAAAUGGAUUUGCUGAAGUGAACAAACCCAGGUUUAUAGCUGCAAAUGGGAAAGAGUUGGAUGUGGAGUGUACUUUAAUGAAACCAUUGAAGCUUGGAAACCAUAGUAACAUAUGUGAAAGUACUGAUUCCGAGUUGCAAGCGAGUGCAAGAUGUACUUACGGAAUUCAGGUUAUAGCACCAAAAUGUGAACAACUUCCAUCUGUAGAAUAUGGAUUUCCAAGCUGUGUUCCUGGAACUUUUGGUGAGUUUACGCCUGGAGCUGUUUGUACCUACAAGUGUGAGAAUGGAUUUGUCAUUCCAGCCAGUCAGUCAGAUAUUGUGGCAAGAAUAUGUCUUUCUAGUUCAAGAUGGAAUGUCACAAAAUUUCCAGAGUGCUGGAAGUUGGACCCACCAAAGCCUGUAAACUGUAUCAACCAAACAGUGGUGGCAAAGAAUGGCGUAGUUAAGGUAACAAAACCCAGGUUUGUAGCAGGUGAUGGCAGAGAGUUAGAUGUGAUCUGCAGCCUGGAAGGACUACUGGAGCCAGGGGAACAUUGGAAUUUUUGUCAUGCUUUUGACCCAGAAUUAAUGACUGGUGAUAUUUGUAUUUACAAUAUAAGUGUUAAAGUCCCUACAUGUGACCCUCCACCACAACCUGAAUAUGGAUAUGUAGAGUGCAAUAUUACAGAAUCUGACGAGUAUCCCAUAGGAACUACCUGUUAUUACAGUUGUCUGUCAGACUAUGUCAUACCUAAAAGCCAAUCAAACCUCCGUACAAGAGUCUGUCUUGAUCUACUGCAGUGGAAUAUUACAAGUCUCCCAGAAUGUAAAAAAAAAAUUGUGCCGUAUCCAAAGAAAGGUACAUGCAACGAUGAGAUAUUUGAGACAAAUGACCCAAGUUCAAUAACAUUAGAUCCUCCAACCUUCGUAAGAGCUCAGGGAGAUGCUGCUGUGGUGAACUGUUCCUUGACUAUUAUCAAUAGUUAUGGCAUCCACGAGAAUUUCUGUCGAGCUACAGAUCCGGAGCUACAAACUUCUACUUCCUGUACAUAUAAAAUAGAGGUCAAGGAUCUUGAGCAAAGUGACAGUGCAAUACGACUUGGAUGUGAUCCUUUGAGUGCACCAGCUAAUGGUUACAUCCAGUGUCGAGCCGUUCAGAACACAUUCUGGUGUAAUAUCAAGUGUAAAAGUGGAUUCUCCAUGCCAUCAAACUUUCACUUACUUCAAGAAGGGUAUGUGAAAUGUGAUCCUCUGCAUGGCCUGUGGAAUUUUCAGAGGAUUUACAGGAUUCAAAGGUUACCGGAUUGUUUAGCUGAAUCACCACGCACAAUGAUAGAGGGCUCCAUCAAGUUCAAGACUGAUGUUAGAGACUGCUCAGACUACGACAAUGUGAGUUUUCUUACGGACGUUAUCAAAAAAGGGCUAUUAGGUAGAAACCAGGAGAUAUGUGGACAAAUCGACUGUAACGAGUUGUAG